ACCUCUUUCGUCUCUAGUUUGGCGUAUACUCCUCCUCCUCCUCCUCGUUCUUUCAUUGUAGCAGUCCGCCUUUCGGGCAACAUUCGUUGAGUCUAGGAGCCAUUAUUACUGUCGUUUGUCCCAUACAUCUUGAUCUAUCUAUAUCUCCCGCCUACGUAGUCCGUCCUCGCGUAGUCCUUUGUCUCCAGUGGCAAGCAAAGCAACAUUCACCGUCACCAGACCCGGCACUCCGCCUGAAACGCCGUCGCUGCUGCAGCGAGCCGAACACAGCAGGAACACGAACACAUCGACAGCCUCGUCGCACAGCCUUUGCUCCAUUAUCACCACUACUCCCACCACCACCACCAAGCCUAGUGGCUGUCAAUUGGAACUGUAACAGGAAGAUUGGAUACCUGUAGGAGGUAGACCUCAUUUGCAUACUUGCAAGCACGAUAACAACAACAACAACACUCCGGCGACUGUGCGCCACUCCGCAAACACGCGAACAUGAAGUCGAAUACAUUUGCUACCGCAGCGGCGUUCCUUGCAACGCUCGCGCUGGUAAGGGCAGCCGCGCCCAAGUGCUCUCCCAGCAGCCCUUGUCCGUCAGAUGCGCCUUGCUGUUCUCAGUAUGGUCAAUGUGGUGUUGGUGCUUACUGUCUGGGGGGUUGCGAUCCCAUGUCGUCACAUUCCCUGCAGUCGUGUGUGGCGGCGCCAGUAUGCCAGAGCAAAGACUACAAGCUGGACUCGCUGGACGACAUUAUGCCCAACACCAAAUACCUGGGAGAUGCGAGCACCGCCAACUGGGUCAGCUCGGGCACUGCCGUGGCAUACAACGGCGACUCGGUGCUGCUCACCAUGGCCCCCAGCACCGUCGGCACCCUGCUCACCAGCACACACUACGUCUGGUAUGGCAAGAUUAGCGCGACCAUGACGUCCUCGCGCGGCCAGGGCGUGGUCACGGCCUUUAUUCUCAUGAGUGAUGUCAAGGACGAGAUUGACUUUGAGUUCGUGGGCGACGAUGUCACCAAAGCCCAGAGUAACUACUACUACCAGGGCAUCACAGACUACGAGAACAUGAUCCCCCUCGACGUGUCCGACACGCAAGUCAACGUGCACACAUAUACCAUCGAUUGGACGCCCGACAAGGUCACUUGGAGCAUCGAUGGCAAUGAGAUGCGCACCUUGAACCGAGACGACACCUGGAACGCCACCACCGGCAGCUACCACUUCCCACAGACGCCAUCUCGUGUCCAGCUGUCGCUGUGGCCCGCCGGUCUGAGCAGCAACGGAGAAGGCACCAUCGACUGGGCGGGCGGUCUCGUCGACUGGGACUCGCAGUACAUGCAGAAUGGCUACUACUACUCCAUGGUGAGCGACGUCUCUGUGGAGUGCUACGACCCUCCGAGCGGCUUCUCGGGCAAUACUGGCGGAAGCGCAUACUACUACACCGGCGGCGAAUUCACCAACAACACCGUGGCCAUGGGCAACAACAACACCGUUCUCGCAUCUCUCAUGGCGACUGGCGAGAACCCAGACUUUGGCAAACCCGAACCCAGCAGCGACAGCAGCAGCACCAAGACUCAAUCUGCCGCUCAAAUGACCAACACUCCCGAAUCCGUGCCCGGUGUGACGGGUGGCGGCAAUGUCGCAUCGAGCGGGAACGCCCCCGUCGACACCUCUGGAGACAGCAGCAGCUCCUCCGGCUCCGAUUCCAGUUCUGGAAGCGGCAGCUCGAGCAGUUCCUCUGGCGCCGGUUCCGGCUCGGGCUUCUCACAAGGAGGUAGUAGUAGCAGUGGCAGUGACGCCAGCACGGGCGAGGCACCGCGAACCACGAUUGCCACUAGCAGUGCAGUCGCUCUACUCGGAUUCUUCAUUGCCGCUCUCGUGUUAUAACACUUAAUGAUUUGAUUUUUGUUGCUUUUUUCCCCCUCUAAUGAGAACAGCACUGCAUGCAAGCGAAUUGGAUGGGAAGACUUUGUUUUUUUCAGGCAAAAAUCUGGUGUAAUUGCCCUCUCUUUCCCUUUUCCCAACAAGAGAUGGACGGGCUUCCAUUCCUUCUGAACAGACAGAAAGACAGACAGACAGACAGACAGAGACAAGACACUGAUGAUAGGUGGUAUGCGGUAUGCGGAACGUCUCAGUCGUUUUUUUUUGCCGCGUAGGUACUUAUAGGUACUAUAUAUGGGUCGGACAGUACCUCUCCUGUUGUUACUGCUGCUGCUGUUGCUGCUGCUGUCGCCUAAUGAUUGAUUGAUUGAUUGACCGACAAAGGAAAGACUUUUUGUACAUAGUCCCUCUUUCUUUUUCUUGUUCAUAGAAAAGAAAAUCAUUAUUGGUU